GAUGAGGGAUCGCGCGAUCCUUCCCAUGAAUCCAUACCUUCAGAUCAUGACGAAGACGAAGCUCCACGAGUCCUCCAUCCUGUGAACAAAAAAGAUCCGUACUAUGUUGCCGGGCAUGCAAGAGAUCAGCCUCUACCACCUGGAGACUUUCCCCACGCAGCGGUCAAAGACUCAAAGCCAGAUCGUUCCGUCGAGGAAGAGUUGGCACAACUCAAUCCGCCUGUCUACAUCCCAAAAGUCGCGCUAAAAGCAGAGUCACAAUCUUUGCGGCGACGGCACUUGGACAAUCUCACGGCGAUUCUCCACAAAUGCAUGCUGAACGCAGACUGGAAGCGCGCAUCUCGGACAUGGGGUUUGAUUCUGCGCACAGAGUUUUCGGGACAAGGGACUGACGUCCGUCAGCAUGGACGGUGGAUGAUCGGUGCAGAGAUUCUGAUGCGUCGCGAUGAGACAUUUGAGAGAAUUCCACUUGAUCGAGACGACGACGAAGACUCUGCGCAUACACAGCUGGAGACAGUCCUCUCAGACGAGGGCUUCAAACUCGCACGAGACUACUACGAACGCCUCAUCCUCCAAUACCCACAUCUCCAACGCACCCAUCACUCCACCAUCAAUGCUCUGGCGAUCUAUCCAGCCAUGUUCAGCAUCUGGAUCUACGAAGUGCAAAACCGCUCCAGUCGCGCCAGGCGGAAACUCCAUUCACCAUCAGCAGUAGACACCUCAGAAAUGGACAUAGAUACCAGCAUGCUGAGCGACCGCACAACGCAACACCGACGAGCAGUCUACGAGAUCCGAGACAGAGAGCUCGAGCAGGCGAUACCCAUCGCUCAACGACUGGACGAAUUGCUGGUCAACCCACCUUAUGACACCAGUCAUGAAUUGCUUCACGCGAGGGGCAUGGUAGCGCUUUGGCUGUCCGACCUA